AUGUAUUCAUCGUCUUCAUCGUCGCGCCGCCGCCGCCGCCGCCGCCUCGAAAACAUUCCGUGCUCGGCGCUCCCGCCCGGGGCCCGCACCCCGGACACUUUAAAAAGACCCAGGUGGCCCCGGAGGCGAGGUGACUCCCCCCCUCCCCUGCGUCGCGUCGCGCGGCUGCUCCCGCCCCAGCUGGGCCGAAGAUGGAGUGGCGGCGGCGUUUGUCCUCGAGACUUCCUUGGAUCUGGGGGCAAACGCGCCGACAGUUCGGACGCGGGUCUGGCUGGUUUUGCUUCGUUUUAUUGCAUUUUAUUACUAAUUAAAAAGCUUCGCGUUCACCGUCGUCCCAGCCCGCUUUCCUCCUGGCUCUCCCCUCCGCCCCUGCCCCUGGCCAGCGAUCUCCCGAACCCGGCUCCUCCGAAGCCUCUUUCGGGCCCCGCCGCCCCCCUCGGGCCUCCCCGGCCCCCGCCCCCUCCCCUUCGCCCCCACCCAACCGCUCUAGCUUCGGGCUUCGCGGCUCAAAAACAACAGCGGCAGCGCCGCCAGCUCCGCGCUCAGCCACUGCCCCGGCCGGCGGGCGGGACUCGGACCCGCCGCCCUCAGUCUCGCGCGGAGCUGCGGGGAGCAGCGCGCGGGGCACUGGGGAGGUGGCGCCCGGGCAGCCGUCCCAACGCCCGGCGCCCCGCACCUCGCCUCCCUCGGGCAGGCCCGCGCUCUCCUGCCUCCGCGGUCCUAGCCCUCAAAUUCGGAGGUGCGGCAACGGAGGGGCAAGGCUGGCGCAGGCCGGGUGUCGGGGCCCAGGGCCCUGGUGGGGAUGGUGAGAAUUGCCCUGUCGAGCAUGUUUGGGAUUCAAGAAUGAAUUGGAAGCAAACGGAAGAGGUGACAUCCCAGCGCCCUUUCAAGUACCGGGGUUCCGCCAGGCUCCGGGACUUGGGCUGCCUGCAGAGUCAGCCUGAGCCGGAGAGGGGUCCUGGGCAGCCGUGCGGGGUCUCUGUUGCUCCGAGGGGGUCCGGGCGGCGCCCCUCCCCUUUGUUGUGCAGUGAGACCAGUGGGGCCUCCUCUGGGAUCUACAUUCGGAGCCCCGUGCCCUUUCCAAAACGGAGGUGAACUGGCAGUGUCCAAGGAGCUACCCCGAGACCCCAGAGUCCUAGCAGAGACACCCUGAUGCCGAGGGGUGCAUGGCCCACGCUACCCCAGAGGAGAAGCCUGAAGAAGCCCCGCUUGUCAAAAGCCAGCGGCAGCUCACUGGGCCUUCCGCCCUGGCCUCUCUGUAGUCCGAAUUGCUUCCCUGCUGGGAUCCCAACCCCGACAGAGCCCCUACUGCUGGAGGGGAUGGAUCCCCCUCACCGCCUAGGAUGGAGAAGGCACUCUCUGCCCGGCUCUGGUGCCCACCGGCUGCCACCUCCACUGUUUCCAGCCCUCGGUGAGUGUUGCCCGUGGUGGCAGCGCGGAAUUCACCCGCAGCUCAGUCUCAUGGCCCACCGCCUUUCGGCUGCCUGUCCCCCACCCCCAGCCUCCCCCGCCUUGUCCUGUCCCAAACCCUGACCAUCUUUCCUGGAGACUGGGCAAAGAACCGCUGGGAUCAGAGGGUUCCUGGGCCUUGCUACUGGCCCCUCCGGGGCUUGCAGGAGAGUAGGGCAUGGCUGCAGGUCCUAGCGGGCUCAGCCCUCCCCUCUGCCCCUCUGCCCAGGGUGUGUGAGGGGAAGGGUCACUGGGAGAGGAAGGAAGGUGGCUGGAGUCCUUCAUUUGGAACUGUCUGCCCCACCCAACCACUGCAGGCUCUAGCUGGAGCAGAACAGGGCUGGGCACUGGCCAGAGAAAACACAAGGUCACCCUCAUACCUCCGUACCCCAUAUUCUCCCAUCUCGUUUAGGCCAAGGGUGCUACAAUGGCUCCUAUGAAGCACCCCCACCUGCUGUGAGGGUCCCUUCCCCACCCUGAUCCCCACCUUUGCACUGUUUCUCCCACCCGGAAGGCACCAGCAGGACCCGAGGUCAGGAAGGCCCAGCUUCCUUCUGGGGGUGCUCCAGCUCACUCAGGACCUCUCCACGCUCCCUCCCUCAGCUAAAGAGGUGAUUAAAAUUGUGGAGCACCAUUCAGACUCGGAUCACACCCUCACCAGCCCGGGGAAGGAGGGCAGGUGUCCUGCAGAGAGAGCCAGUUGGUGCCCUUGUCUCUUUCCAGUGGUCCCCCAGGGCCCUGGAGGGUGGGGGGGGGGGCUCAGCUCAGAGCCUGCCUGGGGAGGGGUAAGCUAGCGAUUAGGGAUGGCCAGGAAGGCAGCUGAGGUACUGACACCCCCAGGGCACUCUCUCAAAUCAGCCUCGUCAACUAAAGAAGCCCCAGCAGGCCGUCCCCAAGGCCAUGGCCCUGGCCUGGCCAGGCCCUGCCCCCGCGUGGUGAGACUUAGACCUGACCAAGAGCAAGCAGGUCAGGCUUCAGGGAGAGUACUGGGGAGUGAAGGGGUGGAACAGAGAAAAUCAGAGACAGGUCCUCCCGGCACCCAGCUCCACGUCCUGUCCCCCUUCCCCCCCAACUAUCCCCCUCCCUGCUGACAUUGGGAGUCUUGGGGAAACAAGCCGGGCCAGUGGAGGCAGAAGAGGGGCAGUUUUCAUUUCAAUAGUACUAAAAGGUUGAAAGGCUGUUUUUCAAAGUAAGCUAAGCUUUGGGGAUUCUCACGGCUGGUGCAGGGACUUCGGGACCCCGCACUGGGGUUGGGGGUGCAGAAGUGCCACCCAUCCCCGUCGUUCCUGGUGCCCUCCUCAGGGGCACUUCCAACUCUGUCAGGCCAUCAGAGGGUGGAUGAGGUGUGGGCAGCCGUGUGCUCUACACCCUAUGAAGUUUGGGAGCGGACUUCAACCCUGGGGUCUAGGGCACAGAGAGGGGACUUUUCCCAGCAGCUUCUGCCACAGUCUAGAAUCCUGCUUCAACCCAGAGCUCAGCCCACUCCCAGCCUUCCCAGCAAGAGAGGAAGUAUGGUUGGAGACCCAAGACCAGCUGAACUCCUUUGGGAAAAGGCUGGGUUUGGAAGGGAGCACGUGAAGUUAGCCCUGCAGGGCUGUCAGAAGCCUCUGUGGACCUGGGGCUCCCAGGAAACCCAGACCAAGGCGUCGUGCACUCCCAGCGUCCACACUUCGGGGCUAGAAUGUCUCUUUGCUGGCCAGGAAGGGGCCCCAUGCCCACUUGUGGAGGCCUGGUCUCUGGAGAGGAGGUCUGUAUGGUGAGGUUUGAGUGCCUGGAGGUGCAGGGUCCGAGAUGCCCAGCUGCCCAGUCAAGGUCUUCAGGCCCAGAGAGCCCCUCUGCUGACUGCGGCUGGGAGGUGGGAAUGGGCAGCCUACGAACCAGAUGCAGUGACCCUGCUAGGUUCCCCUCUGUGCUCGCUGAACUUGACCACCGGCUUCAGGGACUCAGUCUCCCAGCUCCAUCGGAUUCUGGGUCAAGUUUUGUUCAUCCUCAGACUCCUGCUCUGAAAAACAGUAGCUGGGGAAAUAAAAGCAGGCUCCAUUAGUUUAUAAGCCAGCUCCUCUCUGAGUUCCGGAACUGCCCCAGGAGGGGGUCCAGACCACCAGUCUUGCCCCACCCCCAACUUGGGGCCAGGCGUCCGGCUGAGACGGAGGUCUCCCUCUCUGGGCACAUUCUGCCCAGAAUGGGAAUGGCUCCUAUUUGAGCAGCAGCAGGAGGAAGACCACGAGGGACGCUUAGGGACAAGGAGUAUGGUUCCCAACUACACAGAGAAGAAAACAGAGAUAGUCUCGGAGCUCAGCAGGGGACCCUUCGGGGACUGAAUGCCUUCCAGCCUUGGGUGAUCGGGGUUUGGUCCAGCAAGGGGGUGGGGGGCACAGACAACCCACAGAGCCCUUUCUUCCCCAGCCGGACCUCCACACCGGCCUGCCAUGGGUGCUACCCCAGCACUGCGCCUCAGCUGGAACCACAGGCUCCUCCCUGGACCCUGGGGCUGAUAUUUCAGGCCCCUGUUUGACCCUCUUCCUACCCCAGACCGAGAGGCACUUGCUGUGACCCAGGCAAGGUUACAGGACAGAAGGACACAGGUCCUGAUUUCUGGCCCAGCGAGUUCAGAAGCCGUGUGCCAAAGCCGUUCCCUCUGCAGCUCAGAGCAGACGCCUCCUGGCCGGGCACCCACACCAACUCCCUGCUUCUGUAGUGGGUUGCAGAGAGGGUCCGGACGCUUCCAACCAAGACUUCCCGGGAAUGUGAACCAUGCAGCAGAUUCUGAACAAACCCCAGAUGUUCGGAACCGAGGCUGGGGGACGCUGUCUUCUGUACACAGGCAACCUCCUGGGAGGGCCUGCUGACUCUUCUGCCUGGUCCUGGAGUCCUGGCCUGGGCGCCACUGCUCAGGAACACAGGUGCCUGGGAAUCGCAGCAGGGGUCUGCCCCAGGCUUUGGGAGGAGGCGUGUAACCGGGACUUUCGUUUUCUUUUUCUUUUCUUUUUUUUAAAAAGAGAUUGAGGCUGUGGGCUUGACCUCCCUCCUUUGAGCCAGGUGGGAGAUGGCUCCGGAAUCCCGGCCCAAACUGGCGCCCCAGGAAGCGCAGGAGGCGCCCGGCGACUCCUUCCCCGCGGCGCGCCAAGCGGGCCGAACUCCGCGGCUGAGUCGCGCGGCUCCAGUCACCGCGCGCGGGCUCGGGCUCCGGCCUCGGAGAGCGGUAAACGGAAUCGGUUUCCCACGGUUUCCCUCUUCAUCCCAGGGCCUUUCAAAAGCCGCUCACGAAUUCCGCCGUCCAGUUUAGGAGGAUUCUGAGCCUCGCGUUCACCCCGCGUCGCCUGGAAAGGGGACCCUCGCGCCGCCCGCAUCUCCGGGCCGCCCGCCCGCGCACGCGGGGAGCAACUUCGUUCCCCUGAGCGCCCUGGCCCCGCGGCGCGGGCAGAGCUCCGCCCGGCAAAGGUGGCACCGUGGUCGCUCCAGAACGCUGCCUGCGUGGACGCGGCCGCCGCCUUCUGCUCCCGGUUCCGGCUGCGCGCGGGCAGAGCCCUAGAAACAACGAAAACGGCGAGCAGCGUUGCUUUCCGGACGUCGGAGUCCCGGAAGCCUCUGGGUGCGAGCCGGUCCUCCGUGUCCCUAGACGCCCCAGAGCCGAGCUCACCGCCGGGCCGCCAGUACCGGAGCAGACUCCCCCAGUCGGCUUGCCGGCAAUCCACGCCUCGGUUUGCAAAGCCCUCUCCUCCGGACCUUGGUCCCUGCCACACCGCCCUCCCCCAGCCCCGACCCCGACCCCGACCCUGACCCCGUUAGUUUGGAAACCAAAUUUCGCCUUUGGUCCCGCUGCAGACGUGACCUCGGAGGAGGAGCUGCGGGGAGAUGCUUCUCUGAACCUCAGUUUCCCCACCUGUGCAACGGAGCCAUAUGUUCCUGCGCCCCUCCCGGGGUUGAUGUGGGAUUGGCGGGGAGAGAGAACCUGGAAAACACCCGACGGGGCCCAUUUCUGCCCACCUUUUGGGGCCAGGUUUGCGCCGGUGGGGUUCAGCUGUCGUGCACUGACCAGAAGGGCCCCAGGUUGCUCCUAGCGAUCGCCGCCCUCCCGCCAUCUCCUCCAUCUCCCCCCCCGCCCCCCCCCCCACGCUGCCCUCACCCCGGAACUCCCCUCUCCGGGGGCGCGUGGUGGAGGUGUGAGGGUCCUGCUUGGCGCCUAGGCAUCUCCGCUCAGCCUCUAGCCGGGGUGUUGCUAGCCCUGGACGGUUCUCUCAGGUUCCUUUGAGGCCCCGCGUGCAGAAAGAUUUUAAGGCAACAGGCUCCUACUCUCCGGGUGGUACCACCGGACACCCCGGAUCUCGCAAAGGGUGGGUGAUGGGACUGACCCGGGACGGGACAGGAUUACAGCUGAGCUUCUAGAAGGGAAUUUACCCCUCCCUACCCCCUCCAUAUGCCAACGUAGGGGGUGGCCAGCUUGUCUGGGAGGGGCCCUGGGGCAUGUGACCUGGGUUUAAAGAUCAUCCUGGGGACUUCCUUGGUGGUCCAGUGGUUAAGAGUCUGCCUAGCAAUGCAGGGGCGCAGAUCCCUGGUCAGCGAGCUAAGAUCCCACAUGUCAAGAUGCAGGGCCAAAAGAUGAAAAUUAAAGAAAAAACUAUCAGCCUUAAACUAUGAAGCUGAGCGGUAAGGGAGAGAAUUGAGGAUCUGAAUGCCUUCAUUCAGGGGAGGGGCAUGGCCUGCUUAAAAUGUCCAGACUGCUCACUGCUUCUGGACAAGACCAUUGGAGGGUAAGGGGUGGCCGGGGGGGACCAAAUGGACAGCCUCUCCCCAGGUCCCUUUUACCUGCUGCUAAACCAGUCAUUGCAGGAAGCUCUUGUGAACAAGCAAGAAAACAGAAGAGCCCAGGACUGCCCCAGGCAGGGGAAAAAAUUACCCCUCGUGCUGCCAGACCCGAAGCUGAUGGAAUCGGUCGAGGAUUACCGUCCCCUGGGGCAGGGCCGCCUGCUUCUGCUUAAGGCACCCAGAGCCCACAACCCUGGGGCUGCAGGGAGGGAGCGGGCACUCGCGGUUCUUGGCUCCGCUGCCCCUGCCAGGACUUCUCCACCUCUGAGGCAGUGGGGCUCCCUCCACCUCCGCCCUCGCACAUCCGCAGGAGGUUCCCUGGUGAAGGAAGGACCAGUGGUGGCCAGAGUGGCAGGUCAGGGGACCUCACUGAGGACUGAGGGGCUAGGGUAGCAGCCCCUCCCUCACGGGAGUCCCCCCACCCCCGCUGUGGUAUUAGUGAAGUUAUUAUGAGUGUCCUGCCGGGUAGGGGGCAGCAGAGGGACUGCCUGAACACUGCCCCCGCCACUCACACAGGACGCCCCCUGCUUCCCUUCCAGGACAAGCUGGCAGCUUUAGGGGCUGAGGGGAGGGAGCAGAUCAGAGGAACUUAGCUUAGUCAGAGCCAGAGGCUUCCCCAUUCUACCCGGGGCUCCGGGGCAGCCCCCCUCCAGCUUCCUAGGCGUCCCAGUUUCCCACAGUGUAAUAUGGAGGUGAAAAAGUGGGUGUUGUGGGCAUAGCUGCAGGCAAGUUUGCUGCCUGGUGCCUCCUGGGAGCUCAGGUUUUUGGAGCUGGGACAGCUAGCAGCAGGGUUCCCUGCGCCCUCUACCCCUCCUCUCCCAGAACCAAAGCCUGUUCCUCGGGCUCUGACCUGGAUUCAUGGAGGGCUGUUCCCUGUUCCCUUGCUGGAUACAGAGGGCCAGUGGGACCAGGACGAAGGACAGGGCUCCUGGGAGCUGUGGGUUCCCCUCCCCCUGCAGCUCUUCAUGGGUUUCCAGAGUCAGGCCCACCCUGACUUCAGCUCCUCUCACAGGUCACCAUGUGCCUGCUGAGAGGCCGAGGCUCUCAGACCAUGUGCAGACUGCAUUUAUUCAUUCAGUCAUUGACUUAUGGCCAGAAGCCCUGGUAAGGCUGGGGCUCCUGAACUUACAGCCAAACGGUGCUGAGCUGAAGUGAAGGCUGUUUGUUCCCGCACACCUGCAGCUUCCAGAGCAUCUUACCCUGCCCUCCCCCUGCUCCCUCAGGGUCCCAGUGCCUGCGACUGUGCUUGGAGCUCAGUGAGUGAAAGAAUGAAUGAAUGAAGAGGGCUGAAUGAGUUGAAAGUGACCCUGGGAUCCCCAAAGGCUGAUCUCAGCCCUAGAAAUGGGGGAGGGGAGGUCCAGGUGACCUUCCAGGCCGUGGCCAUGGGGCCACAGCCCUGUGCUGAGCAUCCUUUCCCUGCCCUGCAUCAAGCAGCCCGUGCCAAGUGACAGGGAUGCAGCAGUGAGCAAACCACCCAAGUGCCCUGAUGUGCAGCGCAUGACUUGGAAAAGGGAAGACCACUUGCUCAGGGGUGAGUGAGUGGGUGGGGUCAGCCGGGUGCUGGGGACAGCGGACACUGGCAGAAAGAGCAUCCUCAGGAGACAUAUGGUCUGGCCCUAAGUUCACUGGCCUGGAGUAUGGAGCCUAAGGGGUACUGGGGCUCCAGAGCCAGGCAGGGUGCUGGCGGCUGCCCCAGUCACUCCCACCCUUGGGCUCCAUCCCAGUGCAUAUGGCCCUAAUCCCACACCGUGGAACCCCAGUGAGGAGACACUGGUGCUCAGAGGAGCGAGGACUUUCCCGGGAGGCAGGGCAGUGGGAGUCACCUGGCUGACACAGAGCCCUGCUCCAGGUGGCCCAUGAAGGAUGUCUGCAGAGGGAGGGGUUUCCAUCUGGGACCUUUCCUGGUUUCAUGCCCUGCCAGAAUUGUGAGCUCCAAAGGAGGAUCCUGACGAUGACCGAGAUGUUUAUUUGCCUGUGUCCAGAAAGGCUUGGCUGCCAGAGUUUGUAUUUCCUCAGAGUCUAGCUGUUGCUGGAGAGUCAGGACCCCUCUCAGUGUGGACAUCCCAGGGCCAUUCUGGGGCACAGACCAGUGGCUUUGGGGGCCUGGUUUGGAGCCAACAUUUCAAGCAAGUCAGGCUUAGAAUCUGGGCUUCUGGGAAGAAAUUUCCAAUCAUGAAAUGUGUCAUUUGAAAAAAUAUAUGUGUCAGUUAAGUGUGCACUGAGCCUGGACCACAUGGGAUAGGGUUGUUCUAAUAAACACGAAUAAGCCCGUUUUCACAUUAGAGAAAUAACAGUUUCAAGUAGAAAUGUGGUGCUUUUAAAAGAGGUUAAUUAAUAAACAGCAGGUAAUUGUUCAUGGCACAUGGUGGCAGAGGGUAAUUUUCAUUUUAGAGGAGAGAAGGGCCAAAUGCCCCCCCAACUCAGAUUUUUUGUGUAAUAAUCACCUUGGCUUCACCUCCGCCUUUAAUUUUUACAGCUGGAGCUGUUUAUCAUCGCUCCAACUUUCACUAAAAAGGAAAAACUAUCACUUAAACAAAGCCAUUGAAAACUCAGCAUCAUAUGUGGAUUUCUUAACAUAAAUAAAUCAUACAAACCAAGAUUUAUGUUCUCCCAGUGAUGUCAUUCGCUGAAGGCUGCCUUCCCAAUCAAAUCAGUGGUUAGUGACUCUCCUUUUGUGUGUGUGCUUUUUGCGAAAUAAGAAAAGCAGCGCUGGCAUCCUGGCUGCUCUCUUUCUCUGCUCCGCCCAGGACAUCAGAAAGAUCUCUCCCUGCAUCAGCGCAACUGGGUCUAAACGGUGAGCACAGAUUCAACGCCACAGAUGGCAUUUCAAGCCUUUGUUUUUGAAAUGCAAGUUCUAAGUUGAAAGACUGUUAAGGCUUCCUGAAGGAUUUGCUCAGACCCCAGCAGAAGCUGGGGAGCCUGGGGGUCUCUCGGAGCCUAGGGUGAGUUUGGCUGCAGAGUCAUCACAUUGAAAUGAGCAAGGACCACGACCGUCACCUGUGAUGGGGAGAUGAGAUGUGGUCGCUCUGUAUAGUGGAGGAAUGUCAGUCACAGCAAAGAACGAAGCCCUGAUGUGGACCACAGUGUGCACGAAGUCGGCAAACGAAGCGAGUCAGAGCAGGUCACAUACCAUUCCAUUCCACCUACGUGACAUGUCCAGGAUGGGCAAAUCCACAGAGACAGAAAAGAAACAAGUGGUUGCCAGGGUAGGGGAGAGGACAUGGUGGGUGACUGCUUCCUCGGCACAGGAUUUCCUUCUGGGAAGAUGAAAAUGUUCUGGAAACAGAUGCCCACUUUAUUUAUUUACUAAAGUCUUCCUUGUUUGUUUGUUUUUAUUGGCUGCACCGGGUCUUAGUUGCAGCACAUAGGAUCUUCAUUGCAGUAUCCAGGAUCUUUAGUCGCAGCAUGCAAAGUCUUUGUUGCAGCAUGUAGGAUCUAGGGGUCAAAUCUGGGUCCUCUGUGUUGGGAGAGCAGGGUCUUAGCCACUGGACCACCAGGAACAUCCCAGACAGCCCACUUAAAAAUGGAGACCGUCGUACUAUGUUAAUUGUGUCUCAAUAAAUCUGUUAUUUAAAAAUCA